UGCAAUUUUGCAGGCGAUCCAUAAACCCUAGUCUCGAUAUUACACCGCAGCCUAGAAAGGAAACUUAAGGCGCUUCACUUUGGUGUCUGUCUGCGGCCGAGACGUUGGGGUUUUAAUUAAAACCCUUCGCACUAUUCUUUCAUCACCACCAACACGAUCAUGGCUAUGAGGGCAAGGGCCGCUUUGGCUGCAGCUCCCCGCAGCUUGCUUCGCCUCUUCUCAACAAAUUCCACUCCAUCCUUCAUUCCUCCUCCCACCUCCGCGGAGACUUCUGCUCGACAACAGGCUGACCCCAACACUAAUCUCUUUGUCUCUGGACUUAGCAAGCGAACAACUUCAGAGGGAUUAAGUGAAGCGUUUUCCAAGUUUGGGGAAGUGGUUCAUGCUAGAGUGGUGACUGAUAGGGUGUCAGGAUAUUCUAAGGGGUUUGGUUUUGUCAGAUAUGCCAACUUAGAUGCUGCUGCUAAAGGUAUAGAAGGCAUGGAUGGGAAGUUUUUGGAUGGCUGGGUUAUAUUUGCCGAGUAUGCAAGACCCAGGCCAUCACCUACUCCCCCUGGGAUAAAUGCAGGUCCUGGAUAUGGGAGCAACACUGGCCCUUCUUAUGGGAGCAACAGAGGUCCUACUUAUGGGAAUGCUGCGGGUUCUGCAUUUCAGAGUAACACAGUUCCUGACUAUGUGAACAAUGCUGCAGGUCCUGCAUAUCAUAGUAACACUAGUCCUGAUUAUGGAAAUGCAACAGGUCCUGCUCCUGCAUAUGGGAAUACCACAUAUGGGAGCAAUAGCACUGGUCCUACGUUUGGGAGUAAUGUGGACCCUGCAUAUAGGUCUAGUACUGAUCCUGCAUACAGUAAUGCUCCUACUUACACCUACGGGAAUGCGUCUGGGCCUUCAGAUGGGUCUAGUGCUGGUCCUACAUAUAGUAAUACCCCCACAUAUGAGAAUGCUUCUGGGACUUCAUAUGGAAACAUGGGGCCUUACGGUAAUGACAUGGGUGCCCCAUACGGCAGUCGAUGAUCUGUCACCAAGCUACCAGACUCGGUCCCUUACAAACUUUUCCAAAAUUCUAAAACGCUCAGGUGCGAGGAGCAUUUAUAUAUACUAUCAAUUGAAAGCGUUUUAGAUAGCAUUAUUGCCAGCAGAUUGAAAUGUGAAUUCGCAACAUUCUAUUAGCUAUUCGUGAUUCGUCAGAUGAACAUUCUACUCUAUGAACCCUGUUAAAUCUGUCUGGAAUUUAUACCUUUACAGUUUAUUUAGUAGGGAGUUAUUUUCAAUUAAUUGAACAGAAGUUUACAGCUGAGUUUCAUAAAAAAAAAGUUAUUUAUUGAUUC